AUGUUCAAAGCCUACAAGAAUCUUUCCCCAAAGACCCGCCUGAGCGUCGGCGUAGCGGUCCUGGCCUGGGGCGCGGCCGGCCUUUACCUCUCCGACCAGGCGGAGGAAAAAUACCAGCCGACCCCAGAGGAGAAAGCUAUCGUCGACAAGUAUGUGCCCAAGGUUACCGUUGUCGACAGGUCCAAAGAAUAG